AUGGCUUCUCCUUGGAGUCAUGGAAAGCAGUGUGCGUUUAGCGAGGGGGAAGGGUUUCGUGGUGAGCCAGCCUCCAGGAUCGGGGGUGAGCGCUGCAGCGCAGCGGAGGGGCUGGGUCUGCGCGCGAACUCCGCGAGGGGGAACGAGUUGGGGGGGGAAGCGGAGGGCGGAACUGGGCGCGGGGAAGGCGAACCGUGGGGGACGGGGAGGUCGGAAGCAGCGGAGACGGAAAGGUUUAAGGGAGGGGGCAUGGAGGGUGAGCGAGGUAGAGUUUCUGCUGGCGAGAAUACCACCGGAUCAUACGGGGUUCGUGCUGCUGUUGCUUCGGCAGUUCCCGCCGAACAGGCAUCAGCAGCAGCAGCAGGCGCAGCCGUACAGGCGCCAGCUGAGGCGGGAAACGCGGAGCUCCUGCUGUUGGAGAACGCGUCGCUCUUGUCCCUCAUCGAGCAGCAGCAGCAGUCGAUCGCGGCGCUGCGGCAGGCAGCGGCAAAGGCGGAGCGGGAGAAGUGGUCGCUUUGUGACGAAGUGGGGAUACUGAGAGAGGCCCUAGACGCAUCCACUGAGCACGUGGAGCGGCUAGAGGAGCGCGUGGCCUGCAUGGGCGGCGAGGGGGAAACCGGAGGGGAAGGAGAAGGAGGAGGGGGAGGAGAGGAAGGGGAAAGGGAAGGCGUAAGGCCCCAUCGCCCACCUCCUCCUCCUCUUAAGCGCCCGUCCCCCUCCCCGCCUGCCUUCCCAUCCCGGGCCACAGCCUCCACCUGCACGCCUGCAACAUCCUCUACCAGCCAUGGUGGUUCUUACAAGCAUGAGGCGGACAGCAGUGAUGAGAUUGCAGCUGUUGUGCUGAGGAGCAUGCAGCGGGCGCUUGGCACAGCGCACCACCGCACCGCCCGCCCCCUCCCUGCCUCUGCUGCUCCCACUGCUCGCCUGGAGCACACACCGGCACUCGCGGCUUCUAUGCAGCAGUAG